AUGUUAAAGCUUGAGCCAAUAUAUUUAAUGAACGUUGCCCUUGUUUUGACAACAAAAGAUGAUAUUUUUACAUUCUUAUGUAUUUGCAAAAACUGUAAAGACGCUGUGAAACGCCUCAAAACUUCUCCGUUUUUCGACGACAACGAAAGUGCUCAAUGGUUUGUUUCACAUUUUCGUCCCGAUACUUUCCGUUUCAAUAAUUAUCCAUUCAUCAUACUAAGUAUCGCCACCGAAGUCUCAAAUUUCUCUUUUCCAAAUUUCAAUGGUGAAGUUCUUAAACAAAAUUUCAAUGUCAAAAUGCUUCAAAAUACCUCCCAAAAGUAA